UCAAACAUAUGCUUCACCCUCAUUUUUCUCAUUCUCUCUCUUAAACUUCCCAAAGUUUCUUUUUUGUAGGUCUUUUUUCUCCUUUCCAUUUUCCAGACAACCAAACAAACAAAACCAUGGGUGAUAUACUAACUCAAGAACAGAUUGUUGAGUUCAAAGAAGCCUUCAAUUUCUUUGACAAAGAUGGAGAUGGUUGCAUUACAGUGGAAGAAUUGGCAACAGUGAUAAAAUCCCUUGAUCAAAAUCCCUCUGAAGAAGAGCUUCAAGAUAUGAUUAAUGAAGUUGAUGCUGAUGGUAAUGGAACUAUUGAGUUCUCUGAGUUCCUGAACUUAAUGGCCAAGAAAAUGCAGGAAACUGAUGCAGAAGAGGAGCUUAAAGAGGCUUUCAGGGUUUUUGACAAAGAUCUAAAUGGCUAUAUUUCAGCUUCUGAGCUGAGAAAUGUGAUGAUGAACUUGGGUGAGAAAUUAAGUGAUGAAGAGGUUGAGCAGAUGAUCAAAGAAGCCGAUUUGGACGGUGAUGGUCAAGUCAACUAUGAAGAGUUUGUCAAAAUGAUGACGACCGUUGGAUGAACAUACUUUUCUUCAUCAUCAACGCAUAUGUAUAAUAUUAUUACUAAUUUUGCAUUCAAAUUUGUAUUCUCCAAUAAGUCCUUUUUAGUUUAUUUGUUGUACUCUUUUUCUCAUUGUAUCCAUUGAUGUCAAAUGACGUCCAAAAGUUAAUUAGAUGAAUGGAUUUCACAA